CUCGACGACAGCCACGACAACUUCCUCACCCCCCAGAUCCCAAGUCGACACCAUGAAGCGCAAAGUUGGUGCCCUCGAGAAGCUGGAGUCUGACCACGCAGCACUCCGCUUCAAGCUGAAACGAGACCCUCAAUCGUACAGAGACGACUUUGAGCAGCAAUGGCAGCAGUACCGAACCCUCCUCGACCUCUUCCUGGCCGACCCAAGCACCUCAGAUAGCGGUCUGGUCGCGCUCAAGGACCUCAUCGAAUUCGUGUCGCACACCUCAGACCUCUACCCCGAUAUUGCAUCAGAGUUUCCCCGGGAUCUAGAGCUGCUGCUCACCCACCACGAGGUGCUGGAGUAUGACUUGAGAGACAAGGUCGUCGGAGCAUACUGCCUGCUCAAGCGGAAAGAAGUCAUCGACUCGAUCACACUUCUCAACACCCUGUUUCCCAUUCUUGUGACGACCAACAGCAAGAGUCUGCGACAACUACUCUACACCAAGAUCAUCUCAGACCUUCGGUCUUCCAACGCAAAGACUGUCAACCACAAGCUCAACAAGUCUAUGCAGACAGCGCUUUACAACCUCCUAGAAUCAGACUCCUCCUCACCCAAGGGCAUAUGGGCCGUGAAGAUCACAAGAGAGCUUUGGAAGCGCCAAAUAUGGACCGAUGCGCGCGCAGUCGAGGUCAUGCGCUUGGCCGCUCUAAGCGACAACGAAAAGACCGUUUUCGGCGGCACCAAGUUCUUCCUUGGUGGUGACGAGGAACGAGAGGCCGCUGCAGAGGAGAGCAGCGAUGACGACAAUGAUGUCGACAUGGCCAAAUUGAAGCAUUCAGCUGGCAUCAACAAGAAGAGCAAGAAGAAGGCCCGCGAACUGAGGACUGCAGCUGCCACUAUAAAGAAGAAGCAGAAGAAGAAGAAUGCACCUCAUCCUCUCAACUUCAGUGCGCUCCACCUCCUCCACGAUCCUCAAGGCUUCGCCGAAACGCUCUUCUCGAAGCACGUCCAGAACUCCAAGAACAAACUCGCCCUCGAAACGAAACUGCUGGUGUUGCAGCUUGUUACUCGUCUUGUUGGAUUACAUCAGCUCACAGUCCUCCCGCUAUACUCAUACUUCUUGAAGCAUCUCACUCCUCGGCAAGCGUCUGUCACAAGUUACUUGGCAUGCUUAGCGCAAGCGACACACUCGUAUGUACCGCCAGAUGUGCUCGAACCGCUGGUGCAGAAGAUUGCGAACGAGUUUGUGUCAGAAGCAUCAGCCUCUGAGGUUGCGGCAGCAGGUCUGAAUGCCAUUCGCGAGGUUUGCGCACGUCAACCAUUAGCUAUGACGGACACCUUGCUCCAGGACUUGGUUAUGUACCGCAAAUCCAAGGACAAGGGCACGAUGAUGGCCGCCAAAGGACUUCUUUCACUUUACCGUGAAGUCGGUGCAGACCUCCUCAAGAAACGCGAUCGUGGCAAGGACGCGACAAUGGGUAUCCGCGCUGGCACUAUCAAAGAACGCCGAUACGGUGAAGAAGCUAUUGGAGAGAUCGAAGGCAUUGAGCUACUCGAGAAGUGGAAAGAAGAGGAGCGCAGGAAAAAGCUGGAAGCUGCUGGCCUGGACCCUGACGCGGACAACGGCGACGUUGAGCUUGAUGACGAAGAUGACUGGAAGAAGUGGGAUGUGGAAAGUGACGGUGAUAGCGACGAUUCAGGUGGCUGGAUCAAUGUAGAGAGCGAUGGCGAGGAUAUCCAAAUUAGCGACUCUGAAGACGAAAAGGAAAAGAAAGACAGGCCAGCAAAGAAGGCUAAGCUCGAUACCACGACACCAACACCAGGACCAGACAGCAAAGAACCCUCCAAGAGCGCCGAACCAGAGAGCAAAUCCAUCUCUAAACUCCUCACCACUACUAUCCUUACCCCAGCCGACCUUAAACAACUCCAAGCCCUCCGUGCCUCGUCAACAAUAACCUCCUCCCUCGCCUCCUCCAAACGCGCCCAACUCCUCGCCGCCCGCCACGCCGACGAAGCCAUCACGGCCGAUACCAUCGAGCUUGCCGCAAAGAUUGGCAAAAAGAACACCAAAGAAGAGAAGAUCGCUCUUGCACGCGCAGACCGCGAGACGAACCACAGUUCGCAUGCUAAGAAGAAGAAGGAGCAAAAGGCAGCUGAGGGCAAGAGCACGACGAAUCAGGAGAAGGCAAGGAAGAAGAACUUCUUGAUGACGCUGGGCAAAGCCAAGAUUAAAAACAAGAGGAGUUUGGGAGAUGUUAAAAAGUCGUUGAUGGGUCAUGUGGAGAGGAAGAAGAGAGGAGGCAAGAGAGGAAACAAGGGCAACUAGUGAAUUAAUAGAUGUGGUCCUGGUGCUAGGGAUGACGCUGAUUUAGUUUACUCGAGAUGAAAAGGGAAUAGUCACUUGAUACCCAAAUAGAAUAUGGAAUCAUGAUAC